GAGCCCUGCUUGCUCACAGCUGCCCUGGCAAGGUGCAGCCUGACCUCCACUCACUUCUAAGAUUUGCAGGUUAAACAUGCUGGCAAUCUGAGCAAGGGCAGCUGAAACUGUUCCAAGAGAGGAAUUUGUUUCUCCAAAGAGGAAUGCAGACCAACAUAGGGAGUAGGGUGCUAGCUAAUAAAAUCAAUAAUUGCGCUGUAACAUCUCAACUUUUUUUUUCUUUCUUUUCUCUAUCAGUUCUUGGAGGUAUGCUUUGCUCUUUUACUGUGAAGCAGCAGUGUGUAGGGUGAGAUGGUACAUGCAGGGGUAGCUGCAUGGUGAGUGCCAGUCACACUGCCCAGGACGUAGCCUUGGCUAGGUGGUUGAGGCAGCCAGUUGCAGGACACCUGAGACUUUGCUAAACCCAGACAUCAUAUAUCUUGUUUGAGCCACUGUUUCAAUUAGUGCUAAUUAUAGUAAUUAAGUAAUUUUGCUACCACCCUGAGGGGCAGUAAUUCAAAUCAAAGCUGAUGUCCUUCACCAGUCCUUCCCUCAUGGUGUGUGUUGUUUCACUCAGGUGAUAAACGUAAGGCUAAAUAUCCCUGACUCAAAUCCAGUAGAAAUGAGAAAUCCAGAAGAAACCCUAGGUCUGGAAAAUCCUAACCCAUGACAGGAGUGGGGAUGUUGCAACAGCUGGCGUAAGUCAGCAUGGCCCUGCAGAGGGCUAGGGCACUGUGCCAUGUCGCAAUAGGCAGAAUUUUGGCUUGUGUAUGGCUCCAGUAGUUGACUCUUGAUAUUAUUAUUAGCUUUGAAGAGAACUAUGAGAUUAACUAUACAGGAGAACUGUUGCUGGAAGCCUGCCCUGUUGGACCCGCCACCCUACAAGAGCCCUCUGAGGAGGAGCUGACAGUGAGCUGCAUCCCUGAGGCAGUCCAUGGGGACUGUACCACAUCCUCUGGGACCUGCCAAGCUCUCCCUAGCUUCCCCUCCCGAGGAGAAGGACUGCCCAGGAGACCUGCUGCCUGCUAAGCACCAGCCCAAGGUUGCUGCUGAAGAGAGGGCCAGCAAUGGCUUCCCCUGCUCCGUGCCAGGCUCCGCAGCCACCCGCACCUGCAGCCUGAAGCGCACCGGCACCCAGGAGGCGUGCUGCAAGGAGGAUGCUAACCAGCAAGCUGUGCUCCUUCCCAGCCUCUCCAGCCAGGCUGUGGAGGGGUGUCUGGCAGGCAUAGGGCCAGCCCCGGCGGUGGAGGCGGCAGGGUGUGGGCCAGACAUGAUGCCAGCUCCCCAGAGCUCCCAGCAGUUUGUGCAGGGUGGCCAGGCGAAAGCAAGCCCCCUGGCACAGGUGGAGGACUCUGCCUUGAAACCUCAGGGGACUGAGGAGCAGCCAGCUCUCCAGGUGUUGCAGUGCUCCUCUCCAGGCAGCCCAGCCAGGGGUAACGAGUCGUGUCUCCCCUCUCAGGCAAGCCUUCUGCAAAGAGAGGGGAAAGAGAGGGAAGCAGAAGCCGACGCUGCUGCCUGCCAGCCUGCCUCUCCAGUGAGGGACAGGGAUGCUGCCACUGAUGCUGGGAGAGAUCCACAGGCGGCUGUGGUGGCAAAAAGCGGGUCUGCAGGUCCUGAGCAGCUGUGUCCUGCUGACCAGACUGAGGCGGCGCAGAGCAGCACGGCAGCGGCCCAGCUCAGCUGUGAGGGCACACAUCCCCUGUGUGAUGCAGACACUGAGCAGGGGAGCUCGGGCCCGACCCAGCUCUCCAAAUUCAAAGAAACGGGUACGAUGACGGUCCAGUCGGAGAGCAGCUCUUUAACUCAGGAAGCAGCAAGCAGAACGUGGCGAGAUGCCGAGGUUCAGGCUGUGGCUACUGUGGAGAAUAAAUCAGCUUCCACCAGCCCCAGCAUCCUCGCUGCCUUCUUAAAAGGGAACCCUCCUUCAGAGGAGAAGGAAGAACUGCACAUCAUUUACCAAGGCAGCGGGGGGCUGAGCCAGUCUGAACUUGUUAACAGCUUCUCCUCGCAGCAGAAGCCCCCAUGUUCUCCUGGUACAGUGUCAAAAUUGACUGGUGUUACGGCUGGGGCUGCUACAGCCCAAAGCCAGCCUGCCGGGCUGCCUGCUGCCCCACCUGACGCAGUGUCCCUAGGCUCAGCAGACAAUGCAGAACCUACUGUCCCCUUCUCCCCUGCAGCCAUCACCUCCCGAGAUACAGCUGUGGAUAAUACUGAAGGGACGGGUCCAGCCAGCAGCGGUGAGGCUGCUUCUGCACUGCCGACAGAUGCUGCGGCCCUGUCGAAGCCAGUGCCUGCCCAGCAGCUUGCCAUCAGCCCCAGUGAUCAAACCACAGCACUGUCUGCUGCUGGUGAAAUAAACAUCACCGCUGCUGCCAGAACCGAGAGCAAGGUGCAGUGUCUUGUGCAUGACACGGGAAGCAGCCAGUUACCUUCACUCUGUAACCUGCAGAGUGAAACCAAGCAGAACGAGGCCCUGGGUGGCUCUGAGCAAAAGCCAGCGCCAUGUAAGGGUGUGAACGAAGUGGAGGCGAUUCCUCAAUCCGUGGUAAAACCAAAGGGAGAAAACUUGAUGGUGCUCGAUGCCCAGGCAGGGGCAAAUGCUGGCAGAGAGCCCGUCAGUGGAAAGGCUUGCUCGGAAGAGGUGGGUGAGAAGGAGCAGAGCAGCCGCCAGGGUGAGAUGAGGCCAACUCCGAUGGCCAGCAGGCAGGCUCUGCCGGUGGGACCAGUGGCUGCUCCGAGCUCUGGACAUGUCACCCCUCUCCUGGAGGUUUCGGCAGCUCCCCAGCAAGCCAAGGAGUCCAAGCGUGAGCUCCAUGCUGCAGCUCUUCCUUCUUCGGUUCAGGCCUUGCCAAACCGCGGGGAAAACAAGAAGCAGACCGCCUCCGCCAUGGAGGCGAAAGUGCAGGUGAAGCAAUCCAAGCACGUUAGGGAUGUUGUCUGGGACGAGCAAGGCAUGACGUGGGAGGUCUACGGUGCUUCCCUCGACCCUGAAUCCUUGGGAAUCGCUAUCCAGAACCACUUACAGAGACAAAUCCGGGAACAUGAGAAACUGAUCCGGUCUCAGAACAGUCAGAACCGGAAAUCCAUUUCCUCAGACACGUCCUCAAAUAAGAAACUGAAAGGGAGGCAGCAUAACAUAUUCCAGUCCAUGCUGCAGAAUUUUAGGCGUCCCAAUUGCUGUGUCCGACCUGCUCCGUCAUCUGUGUUAGACUGAAGUGGUCCGCAGGGGUGGGUGGAUGUCUGCAGUGGUAGUGAGAAUCCUUCCCCUCGAGUCUCAAGUCCUGCUGUUCAGUUGUGUUAUUGGGGUUGCAGUGCAGCAACAGUGGAAAUUAUUGCCCUUUGUUUUCUGAGUAGCCACUCACCCCGUCAUGCCUUCGUCAUUGCCACAGCUGGUGUAUUUCCACAUGGUGCCCCCAUCCCGUCCACCCUCAGAUGAGAAGCUAGGCACUUAGCAAAAGCACAAAUUUGCAUUGCCACCUUGUGGCAGGGAGAACAGCAUCUUCUGAUAAAGCAAGAAGCAGAGGGAUUAUCAGGAUCAUUGUCAGAAAUUACUGGUAUGCAUCGCAAGGUCUGAUGCAGAGGGAUAGGCUGGGGGAAGCUGGAUGAGGUGAAACUAAAACAGCUGUUUAACCAAGCUGUGAAGCAAGACAACUUUCCUUAUGUUUAAGUUACCCACAAUGAGGCAAGUCUGUAAAAAGGCUGUGAACUGUUGAUGCAGUGGCGCACAGUUUUUAGGUGAGCUUAAGUGAGAUGGUUCUUCUUUUCCUCUUGAAAUGGAGAAUGAAGGAAAGAGUGAGGAUCAGGGCUGAAGAACUCUCUUUGGGAGAAGAAGUUGAGUAAAUGGGGUUUUGAUGGCUGGAAGGGGAGGUGAAAGAGGAGUGUGCAAGGUGUGUGCAAGCAGGCAAUGCCUGCAGGUGAGGCCAGCCACGAGAGGACACACAGCCAGGUCUCCUGGCACAGUGACACACCAGCCCAGGCUCUCAGCAGCCUCCAGACGUGCUGAAUGCUGCUCCUGUAAAACACUUUUUAAAGUGGUGUGGGUCUUUUUUCUCUCUCUAGAGAUGCACGGAGAUGUUUUAAUGUAGGAGCAGGCUGUGCUGUGCACCUAGGUCCAUGAGCCUACAUGUCUACUGUGUUACACUGCUCUGACUUUUUAAGCCCUUACCUGAAUCUGCUCCUUUUUUUUUUUUUUUCUGCAGUAUAUUGGUGCUUUUCUCGCUGCCUUUCAUAAACUUAAUACCAUUUAUUUAGCCUGUGCAUAUCUUGUUUUACCAAAUGUUCUCUAUAUUAUAAAUCGUUGUAUUGUUAACUUGAAGCAUUUACUUUACACAAGUAUUGAAAUCUUGAGACAAUCUUUACUGUAUUUCUAAUGUUAGAGAAGUUGUAGCAUCUGCCAAUAAAAGGUAGCUUAGUGACUGUUUCUCCAGAAGUGUGAUAUACAAUAAUGUCUCAAAUGUACAUUUGUCACAUUUCUCCGCUUAACAACAUUUUUCAACCUAGGAAAUGUUUCUCACUAGUUCUUCAUUCUGUCCACCAGUGCUUAUAGUAGGCUGGGGAACUCCUGCAGCUUAUAGAAAGUUUAUUUUUCAAGGGAUUGGGAUAUUGUAAUCCUGCCAAGUGCUAGAGUUAAAUAGGAGUUACUUUUAUUCCAUUAAAGAUUUUUUAUAAAUCAUGAUGAUAAUUUAUUUCUGUCUGUAGUACCACACGUCUGACUUACUCUGUAAAUCUUAAAACACAGUGUAAACAAACAUGAAUAUCCUUUCUUUUUUCUUUUUCUGUGAAGCAGCCAUGAGGUGGUCCACUUGUAUUUAGGAGGCCAGGCUUUUUGAGUGUAUUGACUGCCAAGCUUUCAAAGCAGCUGUUUCAGGGCUUUUUUUUUUCCCCCAGUUAGGAGGUAAAACACUGUAAGGUUUCUGUAAUGGACAAUAUUUCAAUCUACUUCAUUGAAAGUUGUUGCCCCUAUGCUUGGUACUCCUAAUUGAUUCCUAAUUUUCCUCUGGUAUGUAUUUGGAGUUUUAUGGAACCUCCUCAUUCCAUGUCUGUACAUUAUUUCAAGUUGUCUGCCGCCUGAUGCUGAACUGGUGAAUCUGAAAUACCAUAUCAGAGAGUGUCUUCCCAGGUCCGCCUACUAGGAGGAAAGUCUCCUGUCUCUUUUUUGUUAGUACUGCUGUUUCCAUUACCUUCCUAGCAGUGUCUGAGAUGUGAAUUUCCUGUGAAAUUUUGUGUGGGAUUAAUCUCGGCAGCAUCAUUAGGUUAGUUGACAAGUUCGGUGUCUCUUACCAUGUGGUGUCUGUGUCAGCCAUGAAGAGGUUCCCAGAGUUUUCUGUGGUGUUUGCUGUCUCCUGUCCAGGUACAGAGCUUUGCGCAGUUCCUUCCUACACCUUCACCUCCCUUCUGCCAGCUCCCUCUUUAGCUGCUGCCCAGCCUGUCCUCCUGUGAAACCGUGUCCCUUGACUGAGCUCGCGUCCCUCCCUCCACUGCCCUCCUCAUUGCCAGCUUGCCCUGAAUUGUCCCUUUACAAAUGUGUCCGGUAUGAAUAUAUAAAUGGAUUGUCAUAUUCUUCCCGAGGAGAAUAAAUGGAUAUCAUGCACUCAGCAAUUUCCAUGAGCUUUAUCCUUUAGCUCCAGCGCUCCUAAAUGUUUCUACAGUAUGGGUAUGAAUGGCUUUAUGGAGGCCAAACUGGACUUAGCAAUGAGUAGGCACUGCAAUUAACACUUCUUCACAAGGAACCAGAGAUUUCCAGGUACCCUGCAGCUGCUCCAAGCUGUGAGUCUGCACCAGCUGGUCCACUCCCACCUUCCCCCCACACCCACCACCCUUUCUUCCAGGGAAAUUUCACCAAUACAAAAUGCUGGUGGGUAGAUUACCAACUGGAUGCAUCUAAAUAACUGCAUGGACAUAGCUGGCUGCACCACGGUGCUCAGCAGAGUGGUGUGGUUUUGUGUUCUGUGAGAAUACUCAUGCACAGACAACCUGCAACACAUCAGCAACACCGUCUUGUGGACACAGAGAUCCUGCAGGUGUGCAUUCACAGCCAAGCAAUAUCGUGCCAAAAACACACAAAGAAUGAGUCAGUAAUCACCAGCACAUCUCAUGUGAAAUACUUUGUUUUCUCUUUGCCCUGGUAGUGCAGACUGUAGGCAAGCUGCUAGCGUUCCACUGGCAAUUUGUGCUUUCUCAUGCAUACAAUGUUUAGAUAACUUAUGUGAAUCCUUGGAGGGAUGAUGCAUGUUUCACCAGAAGGAAAACAUGUUUUGGGUAGCAAUUAGCAAAUACGUGUGUGAAUAGUCCUUUAGCAGCCAAGAAAGACUGUUCUUGGUGUCACAUCAGUGUCAAAAAUAGAAGUUACUGUAUGGCAGAGAGUAGGGGGAGGUGAUCCACAUGCCUUCAUCCUCUUCUUUUUCCCUGCCCUGUGAGUCAGCACCACAGAGUGUCAGUUCAGUGGUUAACAACCCAGGAAAUCAAUUUGGGAUAAUAAAAAGAGGGCUCAAAACAGAAAUUACUUUGUCAUUCCCAAGAGAAAUCUGUACAAGGAAAAAUAAAAACAACGGACCUGUGUUUCAGCCCAGGACAGCUGAAGUAACUCGGUAUGUUGGAAGCUUCAAAAAAUCAAAAUUCACUUUGGUGGAAGAUGAGAAAUUGUGGAAACAAGCUUAGUGUCAGAGAACCUCUGUCAGUGCAUCUUCUGGGGAGACUGGUGUGGCCAGAACCAAAACCAGAACAGUUAAUAGGAAUGCAAAUCUAUAUUUCAAUGUUUCCAAUAUGAAUUGAAGGAGAGCCUGGUUGCAGGCAGUUUGCAGCAUGGCUCCAGAUUUUGUGUUGGCUCAGGGGGAAAAAAAAAAAAAAAAAGUGAGGAAAGAUUUGGAGACAAGGAGGAAGAUAACCUGUCCUCCCUAUUUCAGAGGUAGGAACCCUUCCUUUGAACAUAUAGGAAGGAAUUGCUGAGAAAAAUGAGGAAGAAAGGACCAAAUGAAAACUAAAACGUAGGUGAUAUAGGUUCUUCAUGAGGAUAUUUCUGUUCCUAUGUCCAUAAAGCCACUGUUUUACUAAAUUUUUGCAGUUGUCCCCACUUGUUCAUUCUGACCUCACAGAUUUUUCAUGUUCUUGGUGACCAAUGUUUUUUAGGAAGAUGAACAUUUCUGAAGGCUGUAUAUAUAGCAGGUGUGUAUAGAUAUGUCCAAAUACAAUUCAACAAAACUGAUCUGAGAAACUAACUGGUGAUCCCAGUAGGUGAACAGCCUCAGUUUAUUACCACUACUGUCACAUAAGAGCUUGUAAAAUGCAUUGUUUGGAGAAGUACCUUCAAGGAAUUCAGAAAAAGUGAAUAUAAACUCUAAAGAUAAUGCUGUUUUGUCUUGAAAGUCACGACUGCUUUGAAAUGUUAAAGUUGUAAGCGGAAAUGCAAAUGAAAAUUAGAGUUGAAGUUGAUGGGAGAUUUCUUUGUGAUGCUAUUUGUUUUCCAUUUGGAAAUUUGGUGGAAUCUACCACAUCAGCAUUUUAUUAUUUAGUGCAGUUUGUAUAAGCAUAAAAGUAAAAUUUGUAUUAGCUUAUCAGGCUGAUUUUCCAUUGCCUUUUUCCAUGUCUAUCUCUUUACACCUUUUAAAAAUGAAUGUAGAAGGCAGAGUAAACCUUUCACAGGCAGCUUAUGGAGAUGGUGGCUCCGAAUGAGAGACCUGUUCAUCAAGCUCCAUGGCCUGGAGUAAUACAAAGCCUCUUGUAACCUUUUUUUUUUUUUUCCUGUUGUAGUAGCAUCUCAGACUUUGCUUAUUUAUUUUUCUAGUCACUGUGUGAUGCUCCUACAAGUGGUCAGUGUCUUCACAGUCAUCCCAAAGGUAUGCAGACAGAUUCCUAUCUAAAUGCUGCACACUACCAAAUACCUCUGGAGUUGUGAGAUGCUGCAGUGGCCCAUGAGCCUGGAGGUCAGUUCCUGUACAUUAAAAUGGCUGAAAUGUUCUCCUAGGGGCCUAAAUUUCAUUAUUUCACCUGAGUUAGUACAGAUAUUUAAAGUUCUGAUCAGCGGAACCGAUCUGAAGUGAAAUGAACGCCAUUCAUUUCUUUGAAGCUCUGGCAUUUAUUAAUUUAUCUGCUCUGUCCUUUUCUGACUAGCUCUUCCUUCCCAGUAUUUAUAAUAUGGAUUUUGAAUCAAAUCCUGGCAAGGAAUAUUUUGUGAUGUGAAACUUAUCCUUCAUCAUUGAGGCUUUUCUUAACACAGAAACUGAUAGAGUCCAAACACACAGAGAGGAAAUAUUUUUUCCUCUAGGAAAAAGUUUGCUGUAGGUCACCUUGUGUGUGCAUACAUGUACAUGUACAUGUUUAAAAGGGCUGUACAUGUGUGCAGGUCUCAUGCAUUACUCACACUCUAAGAUUUUUUCCCUUUCCCCUUUCUGACUAAAUGCUGGAGGGUCAGCAUUUUCUACAACUUUGAGGCAAGUUUAGGUUAUUCUUCAGUAGACACACAAGGAUUUUAUCUUUAUUUGGUCUCUAAAAAAAAUCCCAUUGCUCUUGCUAAAAUAAAAGAGUUGGCCAACCUCUGUGUCUAGACUGUCAACAGAAAGCACAGUGGUUGGGUGUACAGAGAUACACACUGACUCCAGAACUUUGUGGGUAUCCACACAGUAUAUACAAAUGGGUUUCUGCACAAAGACAGAUAGCAGAUGGGUGAUAGCAAGCAUCUGAGCUCAGGAGGGGCAGAAUCACAUGAACCAAGUCCUUCCUGACAUACUAGACCUUGAGGUUUUGUUAGGUUUCUGCUGAGACUGACAACCUCUGGGGUAGAAAUAAAUGACAGCAAAGUCUCCAGCAGCUGUGUGCUGCAGAAUCCAAGACUCUUGGGAUGCUUCUCAGCAGCUCAUCUAGCUGAUCCAUCCGUUAGAGGGUUCUCCCCAAAACACAUCCUCUAGCUCAGUUCACAGUAAGUAGUUUCAAGUACAUCAAAUCCAAGUGUAGACACUGACCUGAGGAGUUUCAGUAGCAGGGAAGAGAAAAAUCCAAGUGUUCGUGGUACAUAAAAUCAAGCCUCAAGCCUGAAGCUUAAGGUCUCAGUAGCACACUGGAAAGUGAUGGGAGUUUGUACCCAGGGCUAAAGGGAGAGAGGGUGGAUGACCUCUGAAUUCCUGGCUGUUGCAAACACCAUAAAAAUGAUGGCCAUAAAUCAGUCAGCAGAAGAAGAAAACCAAUUUUGGGGCUUCUAAUGAUGACUAAUAUUAUUGUGGCUUUAUUAUUUUUAUAGUUAUACUGACUGAAUGUGAUGUACUGUACAAAGUAAAGCUAGUUUUAGGCUUCCAGAUGUACUGUAGUAUUUAUUUGAGACAUACCAAGAAAAGUUUGCAUGUGAAGAAGUCUUACAAUGAUAUAAAGCAAUGUUACCCACCUGAUUGACUUCCUUAGGAAUUUAAUGUUUUGCUGUUUUACAUCUUCUGGUUUCCAUGCUGAGUACAAUAAAACUAACACUGUCUUAA